AUGGACUCCCGCUACUCCUUCUCGCUCACCACCUUCAGCCCUUCUGGCAAGCUAGUGCAGAUCGAAUACGCGCUCAACGCCGUGAACGCUGCCAAGGAUGGCGUGGUGAUGGCCACCGAGAAGAAGCUGCCUCCUCUCAUGGAUGACACUUCGAUCCAGAAGAUUAGCCUCCUCACGGACAACAUCGGCGUCGUCUACGCUGGAAUGGGACCUGAUUCGCGUGUGCUCGUGCGCAAGGGACGCAAGAUUGCCCAGCAGUACUUCAGGACCUAUCACGCUCCCAUCCCUGUGAAUCAGCUCGUGCGAGAGCUCGCUGCUAUCAUGCAGGAGUUCACUCAAUCUGGUGGUGUGCGACCCUUCGGUGUCUCCCUCCUUAUCGCCGGCUAUGACGAAGUUGCUGGUGCUCAGCUGUACCAGGUGGAUCCUUCGGGUUCGUAUUGGGCGUGGAAGGCCUCGGCCAUCGGCAAGGGCAUGGUUAACGCCAGGACCUUUUUGGAGAAGCGCUACAAGGAAGAUGUGGGUCUCGAAGAUGCCGUCCACACGGCCAUUCUGACGCUCAAGGAGGGAUUCGAGGGUGAGAUGACGGAGAACAACAUCGAGCUGAGCGUGGUGCAGGUGAUCGAAGGCAAGCCCGUCUUCAGAGUGCUCACGCCCGCCGAAGUCAAGGACUACCUCGGCGAAGUACAGUAA